AUGGCGAAAGAUGACAUGGCAGAGGUAGAUCUGGCAUCAAACGGAGCGGAACCCCCCGGCGAGGCCUCCGCGGCGUUUCCCUACGAGGAGUACGAGUGCAAAAUCUGCUACAAUUAUUUCGACCUUGACCGGCGGGCUCCUAAGAUCCUAGAGUGCCUGCACACGUUUUGCGAGGAGUGCCUGAACACGCUUCACCUCCGGGAGGAGCGGCCAUGGCGCAUCAGCUGCCCCGUCUGUCGCCACCGGACCCCGGUGCCGGAUUAUCGGAUACAAAACCUGCCCAACAACACCAAGGUGACGGAGGAUUUUCCGCUCUACAUCGACUCGGACCCCCUGCCUCAGGACGCUCUGCCGCCGUACCCUCCACCGCUGCACCCAGCCCUCGUCGCCCUCCGCCGGGAGGAGGCGUCGGGGACGUCCAGCACCAGCCAGGCGACCCCGUCCACCACCGUGUCCACGGCCACGACCCUCUCCCAAGACUCGGUGCGCUACGACAGCUGUCAGAGCUGCAAGAGAGUAGCUCUGACCACCGGCUGCGUCUGCGUGAUCUUCUCCUUUCUCUCCAUGCUGGUGUUGCUGUUCAUGGGCCUGAUCUUUGUGCACAGUCACAGCAUUCCUCCCUCGCCGGCGGGACCCAUUUGCCUGUCGGUGGCCAGCAUCCUGGCCAUGUUCUCGGUGGUCGUCACAUGGCUCAUCUGCUGGCUCAAAUACAGACCGGACCAUGAGACAGGCCGCUCGUCCGCCACCAGUAACUCCCGGAGAAACGCCUGA